CUUUUUGGGGAAUGUAAUGGAUAUUAUUUCUAGUGUCAUACGUCCUUUAUUUACAUAUACCAUUUUGGAUUAUUGAUAGUUUUUAAAAAACAAAUAUGGAACAAAGAGGAUGCAGGGGACGGCGAUGGAACGCCUUUAUGGUUGCUUUGUUUCUGCUUUGGAGCAGCGCGUCAGCUCAAAUAAGGUAUUCAAUUUCUGAGGAGCUGAAGGAAGGGACUGUAGUUGGGAAUAUAGCUAAGGACUUGGGACUAGAUAUCAGCACCUUGAAACAGAGAGGAUUUAGAAUUGUAGCGGGCUCAACUGAGCCUCUGUUUCAGGUCAAUCAAAAUGAUGGCUUGUUGUACGUGAACCGAAAAAUAGACAGGGAGGAGGUAUGCAAGCACACCAGCGUUUGUUUGAUUAACCUAAAAACAGUGCUAGAAAACCCACUAGAAAUCCAUUAUGUUGCUGUUGAGGUCUCAGACGAAAAUGACCAUUCUCCCAGUUUUCCUGGGAGAAAAUUACGAUUAGAGAUUCCAGAAUCUGCUUUACCCGGGGCAAGAUACCAGCUGCAAGCUGCACGUGACCCCGAUGGCGGACCUUUCUCCAUUCAACAGUAUAAACUGAGCAAUAAUGAGCAUUUUCGUUUAGAAAUCAAAGAUAGAGGUAGGGAUGGGAAAAUACCCAUCCUUAAUCUUCUUAAACCACUAGAUAGAGAGGAAAAAAGUAAUCAUAAAUUACUGAUCACAGCCAUUGAUGGAGGAAAGCCUCCUAGGUCGGGAACUACGGAAAUAAUUAUUGAUGUAUUAGAUAUUAAUGAUAAUAUGCCUAUUUUCACAAAAGAAUCAUAUUCUGUAUUUCUAAAUGAAAACUGUCCCUCUGGCACAACAGUUAUACAAGUAAAUGCCACAGAUGUGGACGAGGGUUCAAAUGGCGAAGUGUUUUACUCAUUCGGCAAUUUGGUGACCGAUACAUUACGCACACUUUUUGAUGUAAACAAAAACACAGGUGAAAUAAUUGUCAAAGGACAAGUUGAUUUUGAGGUACAGGAUAGCUACGAAAUUGAUAUACAGGCAUCUGAUAAGGGCACUGCUCCGUUGACAACAGACAAAAGCGUUAUAGUUAAAGUGGUCGAUCUAAACGACAAUGCACCUGAGAUUGAAUUGACGUCUUUCUCAAGUGCCGUUGCAGAGGACUCCAGACCAGGAUCUACAGUGGCUUUGAUCAGUGUUAGUGAUUUAGACUCUGGUCUAAAUGGGAAAGUUAUCUGUUCUAUAAGUGAGGAUGUCCCAUUCACGUUAACACCAUCUUUACAGAAUAACAUGUACUCUGUAGUUACAAAGUCACCUCUGGAUAGGGAGAAACAGUCUCAGUAUGACGUAACAAUUGUCGCCAAAGACGCAGGACAACCAUCAUUGUCGUCUGUAAAGACUAUAAGCGUCACUGUAUCAGAUGUAAAUGAUAACCGUCCAGAGUUUUCACUCAGCCCCUAUACUUUCUAUAUCACAGAAAAUAACAAUCCAGGAGCCAAGCUAUUUACUUUGAGUGCUUUUGAUCGUGAUGAGAAUGAAAAUGCACACAUUGCCUAUCAAAUAGUCAGAGAUGAAGACGAUAAUAAAAUGACAUCGUUUCUCAACGUGAACUCUGAAAACGGAGACAUAUUGGGGCUUAAAACGUUUGACUUUGAAACAAUCAAAACAUUCCAGUUCCAAGUUUUGGCUACCGACUCUGGAACUCCGUCGCUAAGCAGCAACGUCACAGUGAAUGUGUUCAUUCUGGAUCAGAAUGACAACGCUCCAGUGAUCUUGUAUCCGGUCAGCGCUAACGGUUCUGCUGAAGGUGUGGAGGAGAUUCCCCGCAAUGUGAACGCAGGCCAUUUGGUGACUAAAGUGAGAGCCUAUGACGCAGAUAUCGGAUAUAACGGCUGGUUGUUGUUUUCACUACAGGAAGUAAGUGACCACAGUCUCUUUUCUCUGGACCGCUACACAGGACAGAUAAGGACACUUCGGUCCUUCACAGAGACAGACGAAGCUGAACAUAAACUGGUCAUACUGGUCAAAGACAAUGGGAACGUUUCACUCUCAGCAACAGCUACUGUAAUCAUCAACGCAGUGGAGCCCAAAGAGGCUUUUGCUGCUUCUGAUGUUGAAAGCUCAGUCAAAGAGGAAGAUGAGAACAAUGUUACAUUCUAUUUGAUAAUCACUUUGGGAUCAGUUUCAACUCUUUUCCUGUUCAGCAUCAUCGUGUUGAUUGUAAUGCAGUGUUCUAAAACACCAGACUAUACACCCAAGUAUUUACAAGACACGAACUAUGAUGGAACACUGUGCCACAGCAUCCAGUACAGAUCUGGAGACAAACAAUACAUGUUAGUUGGACCCAGAAUGAGUAUAGGUUCUACUAUAGUCCCGGGCAGUAAUGGGAAUACUCUGGUGGUCCCCGAUCACAGGAGGUGUGCGUCUGGAGAGGUAAGCUGA